AUGAUCCAUUCAAAUAGGGUCGUGCCCUUGCUCAUGGGCCUGUGCCUGGUCUUGUCUCAACUGGCCGACGUCACGCAAGGUGCAUGUGAGGUCGGAGGCUGCAAUCAUGGUCAGUGCAACACCACAAGCAACGCUUGUGAGUGCGAGCCCGGCUUUUUUGGCCCUGCGUGUGCCUUUGAACAAUGCAACGAGAUGCGGGCGUUUCGCCCCGGUCUGUUGGUCAACAUGUACGACGACUACAGCUUCAGGUCCAUGGACGGCGGGCAAACGGUCUGGCCCUAUAUCAGCUUUGAUUGGAACUACGGCGCCCCGUAUCCUCUUCCCUCGGACCACUUCUCCCUCCUGGCCCAAGGGGUGCUACGUCCCACCCAAACGGGCUACUACAAAUUUCAAUGCCGCUACCGUCAAGGCGCCUGCCGUAUCUUUGUGGAUCGCAAUCAGACGACCACCGAGCAGGCCAUGUACCUUUCUGCCGGCCAAGCGUAUCGCCUCAAGCUGGAGUUUCAGCACUCCACAAGCCACACCUAUUGGUACUUUGAUUGGUCUGGCCCCCUCGCCGACCCAGGGGCCGAGCCCAGCUUUGCCCCUGUGCCCGCCGACCACCUGGAACACGAGGCUGUGUGCACCGCCGGCUGCUCUGCUCGUGGCUGCUGCGAAGUCUCCGAUCAGUGCUUUUGCCCCGAAGGUUUUACCGGCAGCGACUGUAGCGUGCCCAUUGACACCCCAAACUGCGGCACGGACCAUCCACAGGGGCCCUACUUGCCGGGCGGCGUCAACAUUGCCCUCUAUAGCGACUAUUAUUGGGGGUCUGGGCAACCACCCGUGACUCAGCUCACCCAACGCUCGCCUUACUUUAGCGCUGGUUACGGCACGCCGUCCUCUCUCAUCAGCAACCGUGAUUACUGGUCUCUCACCUUUUACGGCAAGCUGCGCGUCAACGUCACGGGGUGGUACACCUUUCAGACCACCAUGGGCAGUGGAUAUGGUGUUGCGCUCAUCGGACCCCAUGCCGUUAUCAUGCCCCUCAUGGGCAGCACCAGCCGCGACAUCUUCCUCAUCGGUGGCCGCCUCUAUGAUCUGCACGCCAGCUACAAACACAGCGUCAACUCGGGCCACUUUCGUCUGCGUUGGGCACCUCCAGGUCAAGAACUGGUCACCAUCCCCACUUCAGAACUUUUCACUCCGACCCAGGGCAGCUAUUGCCAAAUCGGUUUUCUUUGCAACGAAACCGGCUUCAACAACAACGGCGCCUGCCUAUGCGAUCCCCUUCAUGAAGGCGAACACUGUGAGCAUUAUCGCUGCCGCUCUGACGAAUGUCGCUACCACGACAAUUGCUACGAUGAGGCCUAUGGCAGUGACGACGCCGAAUGCAAUGGCCAGGGGCGGUGUGUCGCUGGUGUUUGCGAGUGCGAGGAUGGCUUUACGGAUCACAGCCAGUGCACCCGCGAAGGCUGUACCGAUGCGUCAGACUGCUCCAACCACGGGGCGUGUGGGUUGGAUGGUAUUUGUCAAUGUGAGACCGGGUACAUGGGCGAGUUUUGCGAGCUGACCGUCUGCGGAAAUGAUCGCGCCACGCUCGCCGGUUUGAUUGCCACCUACUACGACGGCAGCGCCUUUAACGAAAGGCGCGCCAUGGUGGCGGUUCCCACCGUUUAUCUCGACAUUGACUAUGGCGCCCCACAUCCCGGACUGCCAAGCGACUACUUUAGCGUGGUCUAUGCGGGGUUUGUGCGGCCCAAGGAAACGGGCUGGUAUCGCUUCCGACUGCGCCGUGAGAAUAGCGAUGCGUACAUUUAUAUGAAUCAGACCUCCUACGACGACAAUGCCAUGCUCCUGACGCGCGCCGAACAGCUGCGCAUCAAACUUGAAUGGCGCCACUACACAUCAGACACAUCGCUGUAUUUCGAGUGGAUGGGGCCGUUUCCCAAUUCGACGCUGGCGCAGGCAGCACCGUCGAGCGAGUUUACGAUUGUUCCGGAACACGUGCUGCUGCACAAGGCGGUGUGUCCCGGGGGAUGCUCGGGCCGUGGCUGCUGUGUGGCAGCGGACACCUGCUCGUGUGAUCCGGGCUUUACCGGGCCGCGGUGCGAAGUGGCUUUUUCCGAGUGUGGAGACGAUGCCCCUGAAGGCAACCUAGAGUCGGGUGGUCUGCGUGCGCGGUUCUACGAUGAGCGCCUUGAGGACGCUUUGACCAGCACUGCUGCCUGGGUUGAUAGCGGAGUCCGCACGGUCAUUAGCUCUCACUGGGGUUAUGGUGCGCCGGCCUCGGGCAUCGACAACGACUACUGGACAAUCGUUUAUACGGGCUACCUGCUCCCGAUCCAGUCAGGCUGGCACCGAAUUCGUGCAAGAACCGACUCGAUGGACGCUCGGCUGUACCUGGGUGGGGUGCGGCUCUUCACGUGGACGACGGCCUGGACUCAGAGUGUCUACCUCGUGGCGGGCCGUCUUUACAACAUCCGCUUUGAUGCACGUGACGGCACGUCAGACGCUGGCGUGUGGCUUUAUUGGGAAGGCCCGGGCUUUAUGGAGCAAAUUAUUCCAAAGACCAAUCUCUUUCACUAUGAAACUGGCUUUGCUUGCUCCUGCGGGGUCGACGCUUGUACGACCUACGAGCGCGGUGUCUGUGCCAACGGCCUGUGCGUGUGCCACGGCCAGUUUGAGGGCGAGCACUGUGAGCACUAUCGCUGCCGUGCCGACGAGUGCCGCUACCAUGACAACUGCUACGAUGAAGCCUAUGGCAGUGACGAUGCCGAGUGCAACGGUCAAGGCCGCUGCAUGGCCGGUCUUUGUGAAUGCCCAUCGGGUCUCACCAACGAAAGCCAGUGUACUCGCCAAGGCUGUGUCGACGAGGCUGACUGCUCCUACCAUGGAGUCUGUGGCGAAGAUGGCACGUGUCAGUGCGAUGCCGAGUACAUGGGCGAAUUUUGUGAGCUGACCGUUUGCGGGGAUGAUCGUGCCACGCUUGCCGGUCUAAUUGCCACUUACUACGACGGCAGCGCUUUCAACGAAAGGCGCGCCAUGGUGGCUGUCCCAUCGGUGUACACCGAUGUGGCCUACGGGGAACCGCAUCCCGGUUUGCCGAGCGACUACUUUAGCGUGGUCUAUGCGGGGUUUGUGCGGCCCAAGGAAACGGGCUGGUAUCGCUUCCGACUGCGGUGGGAGCGCAGUGAUGUCUACUUUUAUCUCAACCGAACGCAGUACGACGACUCGAGCAGUGCGCUGUUGUAUGAGGCCGGGGACAUGAUCCGUAUGAAGAUUGAAUGGCGCCACUACACAUCAGACACAUCGCUGUAUUUUGAGUGGAUGGGGCCGUUUGCCAAUUCGACGCUGGCGCAGGCAGCGCCGUCGAGCGAGUUUACGGCAGUUCCGGAACACGUGCUGCUGCACGAGGCGGUGUGUCCCGGGGGUUGCUCGGGCCGCGGCUGCUGUGUGGCAGCGGACACCUGCUCGUGUGAUCCGGGCUAUGGUGGUCCAAACUGUGAGGUGGAUUUGUCGACUUGCGGACCAGACGCACCCAGAGGGGCAUUGCAAUCUGGCGGCGUCAAGGUGCGCUACUUUAAUGGCGUGCAAGAAGACGCCAUGACCGCCAAUGUGACUUGGGCUGACGGCGGAGUCAAGAGUCGCAUCAACCUCGCAUGGGGUUAUGGUUCGCCGGCCUCGGGCAUCAGCAGUGACCACUGGACUGCUGUCUUUAGUGGCUGGCUUCUUUCUGACCAAACGGGCUGGCAUCGGUUCCGUGUGGCGACCGACUCGAUGGACGCCCGGCUGUACCUGGGUGGGGUGCGGCUCUUCACGUGGACGACGGCUUGGUCUCAGAGUGUCUACCUCGUGGCGGGUCGCCUUUACGACAUGCGCUUUGAUGCACGUGAUGGCACGUCUGAUGCCUCAGUGUGGCUUUACUGGCAAGGCCCCGGCUUUAUGGAGCAUUUGGUGCCUUCGGCUAAUCUUUACCAUUACGAAGAUGGCUUUAUGUGUGGUUGUGGCAGCAGUGGGUGCAGCGGCUCGGGUCGAGGCGUGUGUGCAGAUGCCAUGUGCGUGUGCCACGGCCAAUUUGAGGGCACGUCUUGUGAGCACUAUCGCUGCCGUGCCGAUGAGUGCCGCUACCAUGAUAACUGCUACGAUGAAGCGUACGGCAGUGACAAUGCUGAGUGCAAUGGUCAAGGCCGCUGCGUGGCCGGUGUUUGUGAAUGCAACAGUGGUUUUGCCGAUGAAAGCCGGUGCACGCGAGAGGGUUGUGUAGACACCGUCGAUUGCUCCCAGCGAGGCACGUGUAAUGCCGCGGGCCAGUGCGAGUGCGACACCGGCUACAUGGGGGAAGCGUGCGAGCUGAGCGUAUGUGGCAAUGAGCGUGCCAUGCUGCCAGGGAUCUUGACUACCUACUACGCUGGCUCCGCGUUUGGAGAGCGGCGCAUCUCCAUUGCCGAGCCAAACAUAUAUCGUAAUUUGGACGGCAAUAUUCCAUUCCCCGGCCUGCCGAGCGAUUAUUUUAGCGCCACGUUCGAGGGGUUUGUGCGACCCAAGGUGACGGGGUGGUAUCGCUUUCGAUUGGGGUGGGAACGCGGCUCGGGUCGCGUCUUCUUAAACCGGACACAAUACACUGACUCUGCUCAUUCGAUGCUCUUGACUCGGGGCGAGCUGCUUCGUCUCAAGGUGGAAUGGCAGCAUGAUCGUUAUGACACUGCUGUAUAUUUUGAGUGGAUGGGCCCUUUUGUCAACUCCUCGCUGGCUGAAAGCACCGACUCGACAGCCUUUGAAGCCGUUCCAUCGUUUGCACUGUUACACGAAGCCGUGUGCACCGGUGGUUGUUCGGACCAUGGCUGCUGUGUGGCACCCAACACGUGCUCGUGCGAUGAAGGCUACACGGGGCCACAUUGUGAGGUAGAGGUCUCGACGUGCGCCUCGGAACCCCGCGGCUCGCUCGCGUCGGGCUUGCAGUUGCGCUUUUUCAACGGCCACUACACAGAUGCCAUGGUGGAUGGUGUUCCAGUCGUAACGCAGCGGGCCAGCAAUAUUCACGUCGAUUAUGGAUAUGGCUCCCCUGCCAGUGGGGUGCAAUCCGAUUAUUUCAUCGCCGUCUGGUCAGGGUACAUUCUCCCGCCGCAAACGGGUUGGUACACCUUCCGAGUUUGGACCGACCACAUGUCGGCUCGUCUGUUUGUGGCCAAUCAACUUUUGGUAGACUGGGAAGACGCCUGGUCAACGCAGAUCUAUCUGCACGCCGACCGCUAUUAUGAGCUACGCUACGACGCUCGCGAGGGCGUUUAUGACGCGGCAGCACGUCUUUACUGGACGGGACCAGGCUUUAUGGAGCACAUUGUGCCUUCUUCAGUUUUAUUUUCACUGCCGGACGACGUCAGUUGCCCAUGCCCGGACAAUUGCACUCGACACACCCAGGGCUAUUGUUUGGACGGCUUUUGUGCUUGCACCGGUGCCUUUGUGGGUGACAAUUGCAACGAAGUGCGCUGCCGCACAGACGAAUGUUUGGGGCACGAUGACUGUCAUGAUCCUGCUCUGGGAAGCAACAAUGCCGAGUGCAGCGGCCUGGGCAGCUGUGUUGACGGCCAGUGCGCCUGCCCUGAUUUGGGCCUGCAGGCAUCAUGCACCACAGAAUUGUGUCCGGGGGAUGGUACCUGCGGCUUGCACGGGACCUGCACCAACGACGGUUGUCUUUGCGAGGCUGGCUUUGAUGGCAACGCGUGCCAAUAUCAUUCCUGCCCCCGCGAAAUGGGCCAACUGCCUGGUUUGCGUGCGCGGUUCUACAACGAAGUAGAGCGUUUGAUUGUGGUUGCCUCCACAGUGGUCGACUACACAGCCGCCUCCUGGAGCGAUAGCCCUUAUCCGGGUGUCAACUCAGAUUACUUUGCUCUUGAGCUGGAGGGUAUGGUCCUGUCCCCAGCUGCGGGAUGGUAUCGCGUUCAAUGCCCUGAGAGUCGUGUGAGCUGCGACUGGGUGCUUGCCAACUCGUCGGCCAGUGUGGUGCAGCUUGGGCAAGGCUGGCAAAACCUGUCCGUCGUGGUCACUCAUUCUCGGUAUACGGCCACCUUUUCCUUGGAGCUCGCCGGGCCCUUUGCAAAUGCCACCUUGGCCGAGUCUGCGGAUGCCGCCGAAUACUGGUCAUUUGCUGAUUGGCAGCUGGGGCAUCGUGCCGAGUGCGACCAGUGCGACAAUGGCUGUUGCAUGGGUGAUGGCGUUUGCGUGUGCGAGCCCGGCUGGGCGGGGGCCACCUGCAACAUCUCCCUGCCUCUGUGCAAUGGGAGCGAUGUCGAGCGGUUGCCAGGAGCAGUCGCUCGCUAUUAUACGGAUCGCUCAUAUGAUUCCUUGGUGGCGACCGACUCGGUAAGCAAGCUGGGCCGUGAUUUUGGCUACGACGCACCGUAUGCUGGCGUGCCCAAUGCAUAUUUUGCCAUUCGCUAUGAGGCCUUUUUGGAAGUGCCUCGCAACGGCUGGUACCGUUUUCGUUUCGUUCAAGACCGAAUGAAUGGUUUAUUGCGCGUGGCCAACCAACUGGUGUUGCCAACCAGUGGCGGAUUCAGUGCGAAAAUCUACUUGUAUGCCUCCGUUCCAUCGCCCCUGCUGCUUGAGGUUUACGAGACUUCAUCGUACGACAGUUACUAUGACCUACAUGUGCGCGGUGAAAACAACUACGAGGUCGACUUGGAUUUGAACAACCUUUUUUACUUGAGUGGUGCAUGUGGCUGUCUUCCUUGCGACCUGGCCACAAUCAAUGAUUACGACCCAGCAUUUGACGUCGCUUCCACAGCGGCACUUGUUGUGCGCGAGGGACAAUUGGGCCACGUCCGCUGGCUUGAAGCCACCGAUCGGGACAGUGGAGACUCGUUUGGCAUCCAAUAUGAGCUGAUCUCUGAUCCCAGUGGUUGCUUUUCUCUCGAUGCCGUGACCGGCCGACUGAGCCUGGCGUGCUCAGUUAACAAAAGCACCAUGCCGGUUUUUGAUUUGGUUGUGGUUGCCUCGGAUUCAGGUUCCCCGCCGCGCAAUGGUACGGGAACGCUGACCGUAUCGGUCGAAUGUGCCGUCGGCUUUGCUGGGUCAAACUGCUCAUCGUGCGCUGCCAAUUACGGGGGCUCGACGUGCGCACGGUGCGUGCCUUGUUCGAGUCACGGUCAAUGUGGCGAAGGAGGUUUGUGCUAUUGCACCGAUGCCACCUUCACCGGCGACGCAUGCGCGGAUUGCAUUGACCGCCAUUAUGGUGGAUCGUGCCAACCAUUGCCCUGGCUAGCGAGUCUGACGCCGACGACGGGCUUGGAUUUUGGCGGUACCACCGUCACGUUGACGAUUCACAACAUGCCAUCGAACCGCCCCAACGUAUCGUGCGUCUUUGACGGCCUAGCAGUCCGGGCUGUAGUAGUGAACAAUGAGACCCUGACCUGUGUGACGCCCCGCCACGAACCUGCCACCGUGGCCGUCAGGGUCACAUUUGACGGCGGCGCCACCUUUGUGGGACCCAGCUCGGGACAGUCUUACAGCUAUGUGGGUAACUGCCCGCAGACAGACUGUCCUCCAAAUCGUGCCUUUUGUGUGUUUGGUGAGUGCUAUUGUAAGCUAGAGUUUUUUGGCGACAAAUGCUCGCAGCAAUAUGUGCGCCCGACGAUCAAACCCGUGAGCAGUACCACUGUUUUGCCUGGCGCUGCCUUUGCGCAGCGGCUCGAUCUCCAAGCCGGAAAUGGGGAGAUCACAUGGGUUCUCAUGGAGGCGCCGGCCGGUGCUUACUUGCAAGAUGGCACCGUUGUGUGGCCCAAGGCAACAAGUGCAUCAUCUCUACAUUCGUUUGUCGUGGAGGCCCGCAACGCCUAUGCUGCGGGUUCCGUCGCAUGGGGCGUGGCAGUUCCCUUUGCCUAUCAGGCGAAGGUUUUGUCACUUGGAACGCUCGACAUUCAGGGCUCACCAGCAUUAGUACAUCUGACAGGCGUGGUCAACAAAAGUCAUCCGGACAUUACGUUGGACAGCCUGGAGGCGCUUCCGGUUAAAAUCUGGCUUACGCAAACCACAUCACACAAUCGACGCCGGGCUGCCAUGCAAGCCAUUAUCAUGCGUGUAAUAACCAAUGCCACUGGUCACUUUUUCAAGCAGCUCAGUAUCACGGAUCUUGGUCACUUUCAAGUGGGUGUUUCACACGCAGACGCAACGGUCAUGGAUGACCAACGGACCGUGGAGGUGGCGGGUCUAACAGCUUCACCGACCUCUGUUGAGGUGCCGCUGUUGUCUGGAGAUAACCAGACUGUCUUCUUAGCCCGUGUUGCCAAUCCUUCGUCUGUGGACAUUGACAACGUGGAGCUGACGCUGGGUGGAUUGUAUGGCGUGCCGAUACCAGAUGAAGUUCGCCUGCAUGCCUUCCUUGAUCGUACAAACCUGGCUGGUGGCAGCUACACCAAUCUGCGCUUAUCCGCGAGCGUGUCGGACGAGUUUACCGGCUCCGUGCUGGUGGGCCUGCGGAUCACUGAAGCCAGCUAUGGAGUGUUUGUUCCAGUCACGGUGUCUGUUCGUGUAACUGCGCCCGCUGCUCGCAUCAAGGCCUCAUCCACGUACUUUGCGGUGACGGCCAUCCGAAACGCCUCCAGCAGCCGCCUCGUCACUAUCACCAACACGGGCAGUGCUGCUACCCCACCACUCAUUGUGAAAGUCCCUGAUGGACAGUCACUGAUCAGCACAGGCAUGCCCAUGCUAGCACCUCUCGAGCCGUCUGAGAGCGCACAGGUGUCUUUGGUCAUCACGCCGCAAGCCGAUGCAGAUCUGCGCCGCGGCACCGCCACCAUUGUCGUGCGUUCGGCGGAGGCCUCGUUGCUCAAUUCGCUUAGCAUUAAGCUUGACUUUACAAUCUCCAGCAAUUCCUCCUACGACGUGCCCGUGGUGGUGGAGAACGAGUUUACGUAUUUUGCCGAGGGCGCGCCCAAUGUGUCAGAUGCCACCGUGCGCCUCGUCGGGCAGAGUCGCAGCUUCCGGCAAACACUCAAGACCGGUGACUCUGGGACUGUGGUGUUUCGGAACAUUCCCGAGGGCUACUAUGAAGUGAGCGCCCAGGCUUUGCGCCAUUCAGCUGACUCUGCAUUGGUGCGGGUCAACAACGAACUUGGUCUGACCCGACUGUUUCUGGCACGUGCUGCGGUCAGCUAUGUCUGGACGGUGACACCCACACAAGUGGAAGAGACGUACACCUUCAAGCUGGAGGCGGAGUUUGAAACUCGGGUACCAAUGCCUGUGGUCACGGUCGAACCAACAUCGAUUGAUCUCGAUCGCCUUUCGUACGGUGACAUUUCUCAACUUGAUUUUAUCAUUACCAACCACGGCCUGAUUGCCGCGGAGAACCCGACGUUGGCCUUACCAACUGAUCACCCGGUGAUUGAAUUCGUGCCUCUGAGCGAGCCUGCCGAAAUAGUACCUGCUCAGACAACAAUCGUAUACUCUUAUCGAGUUAUUGUGCACAAUAUUGGUGGCAGCGAUGAUGAUGCUGAUGAUGACGACGACGAUGCAAUCAUUGUAGAUGACGACGACGUGAUCGCGGGUGAUGAUGAUGCCGCGACCGGCGACGAUGAUGCCGCGACCGGUGAUGAUGAUGCUGCGACCGGCGAUGAUGACGCUGCGACUGGUGAUGAUGACGCUGCGACUGGUGACGACGAUGCUGCGACCGGCGACGAUGAUGCCGCGACCGGCGAUGAUGAUGCCGCGACCGGCGAUGAUGAUGCUGCGACCGGUGAUGAUGAUGCUGCGACCGGCGAUGAUGACGCUGCGACUGGUGAUGAUGACGCUGCGACUGGUGAUGACGAUGCUGCGACCGGCGACGAUGAUGCCGCGACCGGCGACGAUGAUGCCGCGACCGGCGACGAUGAUGCCGCCACCGGCGAUGAUGACGCUGCGACUGGUGAUGAUGAUGCUGCCACCGGCGAUGAUGACGCUGCGACUGGUGAUGAUGAUGCCACGACCGGCGACGAUGAUGCCACGACCGGCGACGAUGAUGCCGUCACCGGCGAUGAUGACGCCGCGACCGGUGACGAUGAUGCCUCGACUGGUGAUGAUGAUGCCACGACCGGCGAUGAUGAUGCCGCGACCGGUGAUGAUGAUGCCACGACCGGCGAUGAUGAUGCUGCGACCGACGACGACGAUGUAACCGAUGACGACGAUCUGGAUGAUGACGACGACGACGAUGAUAAUGACGAUGACAAUGACGACGGGUGCAUCGGCUGUGGUGGUGGCGGUAGCAAUGGCGGUGGUGGCAGCAAUGGUGGCGGUGGCGGUGGCAGUGGCAGUAACUCUGGCGGCCCGUAUGCUGGCUCUUGUUACACCGGCCGUUUCCAGUAUUCUUAUGUUUGCAACGGCCGACAAACCCGUGGUGUGGCGAUUGAAAUGACAGGUGGUGGCCGGCCGUGUACUGCCGCUGGCCGUGCAAGAGCAUAUGUCAGAGGCGGGAGCAGUGGUCGCGUCGUGUAUGCCUCUGUAGGAGUCUCCUCUCCUGGCCGCUGUGGUGACAUUUGCAAACUCGGAGAUGUGUUGGCCAACUGUGCUGGCAAUGAUUGCGCGGGCUCUGCAGCUGCCGCUGCCCUGAGCAUGCUGUGUGCAGAUGCCCAAGACAUGGCAAAGCGACUUCCGCGCGCCAUCAUUGAUUGUACUGUUGGUGGAUGCCCUCGUGCCAUUGCCAACAUCCCAUUUUGUGAUACCAAUGCAUUUGGAAUUGUACAGUGUGUUGGUAAUAUCGUCACGGGUUGCACGGGCCCUUAUGGCGCUGCGGCAUCUGCAGCUGUUGGAGCAGCCAUGUGCGCGGCGAGUGUGGGCCAGGCUGUUGGCAGCGCAGGCCGCCGGCGCCGCGACAUGGUCCCAACUUUCUGGGAGUUGGUGCGACGUGACGCGGAUGAGGAUCUCGCUGCUGAAGCAAUGUAUCAAGCUGCGAUCUGGCUCGAGAAUUACGUCCUGCUGAUGCAGAGCAUUUUUGGCACAGACGAUUUGAGCUUGGCGUUUAGCUACAAUCCCUCAUUCCAAGCACAGCACUUCAUGCCAGCCUUGGCUGAGGGCGGGGACUUGGACUCUCUGAUCUCCAACGAUGAGCUAAGCAGUGUCAUUGACGCAGUGCCUGCUGGUGUCAAUGCUUCGCUGGUGGCCUCUUGGUUCCAGCGCUACAAUCGCACUGCCACUGCAUGGACAACUGGUGUGUUCAAUAGUACAGCGGGUGACAUUUUCAAUCUGACAGAGAUUGAAUCGCGUUUCACCCAGCUCAAGGCUGACACAGACAGUGCUCGGCUGCUGGGGUAUACUGACAUUCUCGCCGCUUUCCAGGGAGCCCAGCAAACGUUUGAGCGGGCGCGUGAAGCGUCGGCAAACAAAAAGGGUGUGUGUGCAGCGGUGACCAUUAGCAUCGAGCAGGAACUGGUGCUGACGCGACAGGCGUUUGAAGCCAAACUGGAGAUUGCGAAUGAUGAUUCAUACGCUUUGACUAGCAUCAACGUCGAGUUUAUCAUCACCAAUGUUGUUACGCGCGCAUCAUCACGCCACGUUUUUGAGAUUGGCAAUGCCACCCUUGAAGGGGCCUUGACAGGCACUUCAGGCAGCGGCUCACUACCAAGUGGCAGCACGGGAACAGCAACGUGGCUGAUGUUGCCCAACAGCUUGGCAGCGCCUGGUCAGGGCGCAGUCGAGUACGAGGUCGGUGGCACCCUCACCUACACCGUCAACGGUGUUACGACGGAAGCAAACCUGUUUCCCGAUACCAUUACUGUCAAGCCCGAUCCCAGAAUGACGGUGCACUACUUUUUGCAAGAAUUUAUCGUGUCAGACGAUCCCUUUACAGCCGUGCAGGAGGCCGCACAGCCAGCUGUGCUUGCGGUUGUUGUGCACAAUCACGGGAAUGGUACGGCAGAGAACAUGCGCAUCUCUUCGGAGCAGCCACAAAUUGUGGAGAAUGAGAAGGGACUGCUCGUCGGGUUUCAACUGCAAUCGACGGCACUGGAUGGGGCUGUCAUCAAGCCGCCGCGAUUGGAGAACGUGGCCUUGGGAGACCUGUCACCACAGGCAAGCAAGGUUGUUACAUGGGAACUGUUGACUACACUCCAGGGACGUUUUACCAAUUUCCAUGUGGACAUGGAAUACAACAACGUGUUGGGCAAGCCCGAACUGGCCUUGAUUGAGUCUGUGUCCUCGUACAAGCUUCUGCACAUGUCGUCGGUAGCAAACGGCUUUGAAUUUGUUGUGCGAGCGCCAACCGUCGGGUUGUUUUGGCUGUUGCACAGCCAGGACCCACGCGAGGUUGUGCCACUUGCCAAUCCGACAAACAAUACCAUCACAGAGUACAAUGCGAGCUCUCAGGUACUGAAAUUUUCAUCCCAGACUUUGGUGGCCGGCUAUCGAAUGACUCAGGUGCAAUUGCCAGAACGCCAGCGCGCCUCGCAAGUGGUGCGUCGGGUAGAUGGAACUUCCGUGGUUUUGGAUCCCAGCCGCUUUUGGGUGAUUCAUGUGACAGAACACUUUGAAGAAAGUCGGCGGCGACGGGCUGACGACGACGCCGGCGAAACCACCAGCACGCUUUAUGUGGUGGAUGAGGACGAGAGCCCAACAGCACGCGCUUAUGAUUACGAAGCCACCUUGGAACCCGACCCUGUUGAGUUGGUCAACGGUACAGAAACCAACGGAGACGGCAGCGCCGACGACGAUGAUGGCACUGACCCUAAUACUGGUACGGGUGACGAUGAUGCCGCGGGCACGGGUGACGACGAUGCCGCGGGCACGGGUGACGAUGAUGCCGCGGGCAAGGGUGACGAUGAUGCCGCGGGCACGGGUGACGAUGAUGCCGCGGGCACGGGUGACGAUGAUGCCGCGGGUACGGAUGACGAUGAUGCCGGUCUUGGCAAGUGGUCCACACCGACAAGCGGUGGGGACCCCAAAACCACGGACGAUCCCACUCAAGAAAAUCGAGAUCCCAAGAACGCCAGCUCUUCAAGUGGUUUCCCGCUCUGGCUCAUCGCAGUGGUGGUCAUUUUGGUUGUGGUGAUUGUCAUCAUUCUCUUGGUGCGUUACUGGCGUCGGAGUGGUGCAGAGGGCCGUAGAGCCCGUCGCGUGCGUUCGGUGGGUCCGGUCAAGGACGAAGAGACGCGAACCCACUUUGAGAAUCCAGGCUACUCGGAUGUGCUUGAUAGCUCUGCCGGGUUGUAUAGCGAAGUCGGGCCCGGCGAGCAGCAGGGGCGAGCGAUUGCCAACCCCUUGUAUGAUGGUGGGGCUGUGGCUGACUAUGCUGAGGUCGGUGAAGGUGACCAGCCGUACGCAGAUGCCGCAAAUGCUCAACAUACUGACAAUGGUCGUUUCUUCACCGGUCAGUACUUUGACCCCCAGCAACAACGAGCAGGGGCGUCAGCUGAAUACUUUGAUCCGCAACAGCAGCGUGCAGGGGCGGGAGCCGAAUACUUUGAUCCGCAGCAGCUACGACAGCAUCACGCACAGGGCUCGGCAGAGUACUUUGACCCGCAACAGCACCGUUCGGGCGUUGUCACAGGUCCACUGGAUGACGAAGAGCUAUAUGCAGAUGGUGCUGCAGUUGGCGCGCUGAAUUCGGGGGCCACCACCUUGUCAAAGUCAGGCAUGGACGAUGGCUACUUGAACGUGCACGAGGACGAAACCGAGGAGCAAGAUGGAUAUCUUGACGUCGGUGAAGUGCCCGAUAACGACGAUGGCAGUGCCAAUGACAACUUGGGUUCUGGCUUGGCUACCUACUUUGAUGUUCAGCCCAUAGCCCACGAGAAGAAGUAGGCAAGUCAAUUGUCAUUGACCUUUGUGUCAUUUCGUUGACUUGAUAGUUGUUUUCAAAAACGAAAUUUGUGCAUUUAAUGUGUUGUUCUCCUGAGUUGUUUGACUUUGAUUGCAAGUGAUGUUUGAUAGCUGACAUGUACACGUGGUGUCGCAAUUGAUACUCCUGAAACG